AUGUUUUGUCCCACCCAAUCGUUCAACGUUUAUGGUCAUGAUGCCGUCCGCUUUGGGAUUCGAAGUCUGCCUAUCGGAUUCGGGAUUAUGGGCGGGGCCUGCAUCGUUCUUUGGCUCCUGAAUGUUCUCCGAGGAAAUAUUAAGGAGCUUUUGAUUCUGAGUAGCAUCCUCAUGACAGCAGGCUGCGGCGCAAUGGCAGUCGGACGAGUCGACAAUCUCUACUAG